AUGACGAGCAAAACAACAACUAUUGAUAAGCCUGUAUCAGGACAAAAACUGGCACUUGUAAUUGGCAUAUGGGACUAUCAGAAUGAAGGAGUUCGCAAAUUAACGAAUCCUGAAAAUGAUGCAAAAGAUAUAACACUUGUAUUGGAACGUAUUGGUUUUUCUGUAACUACAAACUUAAAUUUAGCGUACUGGGAUAUGGCCAAGGCUUGUGAUGAAUUCAGAAAGAAAAUACAACCGGGAGAUAUGGUCUUAUUUUAUUUCGCUGGGCAUGGAAAGCAAUGGAACGCAAUGGAUGCUAAAGUCGGAUCAUUGAUUGCGUUUGCUUGUGCUCCUGGAACUAUUGCCAGUGAUGGUGAAAAUGAACGAAACGGUUUAUUUACAAAAUAUCUUCUUAAACAUCUUGAAACGCCCAAUGAAGAUAUUCGAAUGAUAUUAGCUGAUGUCACCAAAGAAGUAAUGAUAAAAUCAAAUAUGAAGCAGCUUCCAUUUUUAAGCGCUGCAUUAACACAGAAAAAUAUAUAUUUAUGUGGUCAACCACAAAGUAAGUAA